UUUAGUACAGAAGGUUAGAGUUGCGCAAACUUGAAGAACGGUGUUUUCUGUGUGUUAUAGAUUAUAAGACAAGUAUCGAAAGGAUGAAUAAAUUAUCAGAAAUGAGUUGGAACGUCGAAACCAGAAUUUGAAAUCUGUCUUGGAGAGUGAAAAUGACACUCCAUGUUUAUUUUGAAAUUGUAGGCCUGACAGGCCAUAAUGGAUUAAAUCAAAGAUCAAAUUCAAAGUGGAGCUCAGGCCCAUUUCUUCUUUUACUGUUAUGUGUGUUAAUUCAGUUGUUGCUAGCUCAGUCAAAGCAAGCUGAAAGUGAUAAAAGUAUAUUGAGUGAAGAUGCACUCUUUUUGUCCGAUGUUCCAUCCAGUUUUUCUUAUGCCGAUCCUGGGGCUGCAAGAUCAAAAAGGUCGUUUGAUUACUCCAACAGUGAUGAUACAGUUCAUCCUGAAAGGGAUGGGCUAGUGAAAUCUAAGUUACCAUCAACAGGUUUUCUAAAGUUUGAGCCAUGUGGGCAGAGUGGGUUUGAAUGUCUUGAUCGCAAAAAAUGUAUACCACAAGCAUGGGUAUGUGACUAUUCACCAGACUGUGAUGAUGGUUCUGAUGAGGAAAAUUGUGAACCACGUACCUGCACACCUAGGCAGUUUCAAUGUGCCAGCACACUUUUGUGCAUUCCACUAGGCUGGGUCUGUGAUGGGGAGCCAGACUGUGGCUUAGAUGCUGAAAUGAAGCGAGAUUCCUCUGAUGAAGAUGUUCGAAAAUGUAACAAGGGAUUUGCCUGUCCAAAAAAUUACUUUCGCUGUAAUGAUGGUAUCACAUGCAGGAGAAUUGUGCAACUUUGUGAUGGAGUGAAAGAUUGUCCAGAUUUUUCUGAUGAGGGUUCUUUUUGUGAAAACAAAACCAUGUGUGAAGGGAACUCCUGCAAAUAUGGAUGUCGACCAGGUCCAGUGGGUCCAUUGUGUUUUUGUGCUAUGGGAGAGGAACCGAGUGAUGGUAAAUGUGUUGAUUCUGAGCUCUCUUCAGAUACUAAUGAAUGCCACAUUGAAGGGACUUGUGACCAGAUUUGUCAUAACACUCCAGGGUCUCAUGAGUGUAGUUGUGUUGGUGUCUAUCGUCAGGAAGGAAGACACUGCUAUGGAAUUAAUGUGUCUAGCUCUUAA